AAUUAGUUUGUUUAUUUUAUGUAGUUUUCCUAUAAGAAAGGUAGUAAAAUCCACAAAAGAAAAGCAGACACAUGCGAUGACUCAAGCUAAUGCAAGUUGCAAGCUAAAUGAAAUUCGAAAUAUUUAAGUAUAAAAACUAACCUAUAAUUUUUAUGUUUAUAAAAUGGAUAAUGACGAUAAAAUUAUUGAACUUGCCAUUCUUAGACGUUCAAGUUCUUUGAAGAAGAGGUUGUUGGGUUUGGUGCAAAAAGAAAUUAACAUUUUGGAAAAUAUAGAGUACACAGUAUCGAAUAAAAAUAAGGUACAGGAAUUAGAAAAUCUAAUAAAUAGAUGCAAUGAAGUAACAAAAACGGAGCCAGUUAGUGAUGACAGAUUAUCUGCAGUAAAGGAGGAAACAAGAAAGAAAUUAAUAUUGGAAAAGUUAAAGAAAUCUGAAAAUCAUCAGUUUUUACUUAAUGUCUUGUGUAAUACUCUGUAGAUAUUUUCGAGGGCAUUUAAUCUGGGCAUUAUAUUCUGAAACAGAAAUAUGUAUAUCUAGUGUUAAAAAUAAUGUCACAAUACCUACAGUUAACAAUGGAAAUAACUUGACUUCAUUAUUAUUUAUAGAUAGGGUCAACACAUACAGGAUACGUUGCUGAAAAUUGGACACUUAUUUAUUAUAUGCUUUUAAUGUGUUUAGGUAAUUAUCAGACCUGUGAA